AUGGAGUCAGACCUAUUGACGAGCAGUCUAGAUCACUUAUCCCUUAGCAGACCAGAUUUCCAGGAUCAUGGCAGUUAUGACAACGCAUCUACAUGUCCAGUUUUAGAGGCUCAUGAUCGCGGCAGCAACAGUCCUGGGGAUCCCAUUGCAACAACCAGCAAAGUACUCCAACAAGUGCAUGUCUUAGGAUGUCGACGUCCAGUCCCGUAUUUCAUUUUGACUCGCGAUUCGUCGAUUUCUCUUGCUCUUUCUUCGUCCUGGGGACUUGGCUUC